AAAGGAUCACAAAAUUGGAAACCACAGGAGAUGAGAAGCCGUUCUCAAAAUUCUCAAAGAUGACGGCCCCUUUGAGCCGCCCACCCACUCUCUCCCUCCUGCUCGUCUCGACUCCCUCCCCAUCCAUUCAUCAUCCUCCUCUAAACCCAUCGCCUUCCCACGCACAAACCACCUUUCUUUUCUUCUCCUUGUGCUCUCCUCUCCAUCAAGUGAAGUCUUAUCCCUCCACUAAUACCCUCUCCGUUCCUUCUCCCACCUCCCAACCUCUUGUCUCAGUUCACAUCACCUUUGCUUCGCCUAGGCUUUGCUUUCGUGCCGUCCUUCAACUCAAGAAGCCAACAAGUCCAAGCAAGCCUCCAGUUUCAGCAAACAAAGAACUUGGAGAAAGAAACCUUUGAUCCGAAGAGACCAAGGAGAAAUCCAGGGGGAGGAUUAAGCUCUAGCCUCUGAGAAGAGAAAGAAUCCAAGAAGCCGCCGCCGCCGCCGCCGAGGAAGUAGCAGCCAUGGUGCGGAGCAAAGAGGUGCCCAAGAAGAAGCCCAAGGACCCGCUCCUGACCCCUCUGUCCAAGCCCAGGGGCGGCUUCCUGGACGAGGGUCGGCCCAGGAACCGCGGCGGCACGGCCAUCUCCCCGACGCCGGCGUCGGUGCCCAACUACAUGAGGGGCACAAGCAGCUCCGACGCCAAGACAGGGCGCCGCGCGCGGCCGGCAACGGCGGCAGCGUCGGCGUCGGCCGCGAGGCGGAGGUCGGCGGUGCGGGUGGUGACCAGGGGAAAAGUGCUGUUCCCGGAGGUGUCGGCACCCUGCUCCGGCUCCGGCGGCCUGGGCCGCGCCACUUGCUCGUCUACGAUGAAGGAGGCCAAGUUCCCCACCGCGCUGGACCUCGCGCCGGGGGCCACCGACGCCGAGGGCCCCGCGGCGAUGCGGGUGUGCCCGUACACCUAUUGCUCCCUCAACGGGCACACGCACGCGCCGGCGGUGCCGCUCCGGAGCUUCCUCGCGUCGCGGCGGCGGCUCAUCAAGACGCAGCAGAGCAUGAAGCUCAAGGGCAUCUCGGCCUUCCGCAAGAAGUCAGGGGACAAGAACGGCGGUGGCGGCGCAAAGGUCGCGCCUUUGAUCGACGAGGAGGCGGUCGGUGACUUCUUCGUUGAGGUGUACGCCGGCCCGAGGGUGAGCUCGGACAUGAGCUGCAGCGACAUGUCCUUGGACGAGAUGGACGACACGGUGAGGAGGAUGGAGUUCGUCGUUUUCGAUCGGUGCGGCACCGACGAGGAUAACGAGAAGGGGAAGGAUCUUGCUGUUUGCCGUGAUGCAGAGCGUCUCCCAAGGUUGGAGGAGAGGCAUGAUACGUGCAGGGACAGUUUAUCAGAGUGCAGCGGUGCAGACAUCGCCGGCGAUUUCGUCGAGGAGUUGCCAUGGACGAAGUACCACGGCUACGAGUAUGAUAGUUUGGAUGACGAGAUCUCCAAAGAACAGAGGGUGAGAAAUGAGGAGACUGGUGGAGCAGAGAUUUCUGAGGAGCAAGAAGAUGAAGGAGCAUCUGGUAGAUGGGCCAAUGAGUGCGACGAUGAUGCUGACGAAAAACAAGAAGCAAAUGAUGAGGAGAACAUCUUGGAUUCAGCCCGUGAAACGGAAAUCGUCGCAGAGCAUGCUUGCAGGGUGGAGGCCUGCGAGGAGCCGGAUGGAAGAGAUGAAGGGACAGCAGAAGAGAUCUCUGAUGAUGUCUAUAAAUCGGAGAUUCCUGACGAAGAAGUAGCAGGAAGGGCGGCCAAUAUCCUGGAAGAGAGCUGCGGAGAGGAGACUUCAGCGGAUCGAGAAGCAAAAGAUGAUGAGUUCAGCGUGGAAUCUGACGGUGAAUCAGAGGUCACCGAGGAGCAGGACGUGAAGGAUGAAGACAGCACGCUAGAUGAUGGCUCUGAAAUGGAGAUUUCUGAGGAUACUAUCGCCAGGGAUGGACGCAGAGAGGAUUUCUCAGAGGAAGUAACCUCCAGAGUUGUCCCAGAAGAUGAUGGCACGGGAAACAAGGAUUUUGAACAAUAUGUCAGCAUUGCGGAUGAUGUAGUCGAACAAGAUGGCAACCCUGCAAAUGGCCAAAAUGAUGCUCAAAAGGAAAUGGGUAUCACUGAAGGCAAACUUGAAGUUGCCUCUGAAGAAACUGCUAUUGUUCAACCAACUGAUCAAGAUGGCACUGUGGAUGGCGUGGAAGAUGGUCUAAAAGAAUUGGAGAGUACCACAUGCAAGUUGGAAGAAGCUUCUGAAGAAUCUGGUAUUGCUCAAGAAAGCAACUCCGAUGUUAUCUCCACGUGUGUUAAUGAUGGUGAUCAAAUGGAACCGGAGAAUACUGCAUGCAUAUCGAAGGAUGCUUCCAAAGAAUCUGGUGUCACUCAAGAAAGCAACCUAAUUGAUAAUGCAGAAUAUGUUACAGAUGGUGCUGAAAUGGGACCUGAAAUUACCGGAUUCAAAUUGGAAGAUGCUUCUGAAGAUACUUGUAUUGAUCAAGAAACUGUCGAAGAUGAUGACUCUACGUGUGUCAAUAAUGAUGCUCAAAUAGAUUUGGAGAUCACAAAGUGCAAUUCAGAAGAUUCUUCCAACGAAUCUGUUACCACUCAUGAAGAUGAUCAUAGUGACAGCUCUGCAAAUGUCAGUGCUGAUGCUAAAAAAACUGUAGAAGAUGAUGACUCUGCAUGUAUCAGUGAUGAUGCUCAAAAUGAUUUGGAGAUUACCAAAUGCAAAUCAGAAGAUGCUUCUAAAGAAUCUGUUACCACUCUAGAAGCUGAUCAGAAUGAUAGCUCUGCAAAUGUCAGUUCUGAUGAUCAAAAUGCAUCUGACCUUACCGCAACUGAGUUGGCGGUUAUUGCCAUCAGUGAGGACACCGAAAAUGAAUCCAAACUUUCCACAUGCAAAUCAGAAGAUGUUUUUGAAGAAUUUGUUAUUGUUCAAGAAGCUAGUCAUGAUGAUGCCUCCGCAUAUGUCAACUAUAGUACUCAAAAUGAAUCCGAGGUUACCACUUGUGAAUCAGAAGGUGCUCAAAAAGAAUCAGAUGUAAUUCAAGAAGAUGAGGAUGAGGAUAACUCUGCAGGUGCUCCAAAGAAAUCAGAAAUUACAGCAUGUGAAUCGGGAGAUAAUUCUGAAAAAUCUGCUAUGCCUCAAGAGGCUGAUGGACAUGUUAAUACCAUAGAUGCAAGUGACAGUACCCCAAAGGAUGUUACCAUGCCAAAAUAUGAUGCUCAUACUACUGAAGAAACUAAUCAAUCGUCCAAAGUGCAAAUACUAGAGCACAAGUAUGACUGCUCCGCCGAAGGCCAUGCAGAGCCCCAGAACAUACCAGCAGAAUUUACUGAUGCAAAAGAACCUUCUAUUGAUGACAUAUGUGGUGCGUUCAGCGGGAUGACCCUCAAAGGGGAUGUAUAUUUUGAUCCUGCUGAGUCCGCCACGUGUCCAAGGAAUAAAUUGAUCAUCUCCAGGAGGAGGAGAACACCUGAAGAGGAGGAAUACUUGCGAGAUUUUAAUCCACGGGCACCCAAUUUUCUUCCUCUGGAAUUGGAUCCAGACGCAGAAAAGGUUGACCUCAAGCAUCAAAUGAUGGAUGAGCGGAAGAAUGCUGAGGAAUGGAUGAUCGAUUAUGCACUUAGGAGGGCACUGACAAAUUUAGCUCCUGCUCGGAAGAAGAAAGUGGAGCUUCUUGUCCAGGCCUUCGAGACUGUCCUACCACAUGAUGAGGAUGAUAAGAAAAGCAUCACACCCACAAGGUCUGUCCAGAUUUGCAACUGAUAAUUUUAGAGUUAGUGCUUAAACUAGUCGUGAUCUUGACUCGCGAGCUACUAACUCUGUGGUCGCUGCAAUAUUAGUGCCAGGGGCCUGCUCCAAGUUUGAAUGAGAGAGCUAUUUACUAAUUGCUAGAGAUAACUAGAUAUCUCUAGCUGAGUAGUGAAAAAGGAGCUCACUCCUGCUCCACAAGGAUAUAACUACUUAUUACUGAUCAAGGUAUUCCUAUCCAGUCGCUGAGUUGCAAAGGGAAUUGCUCACCGAGUUAUGUAAUUUAAAGUGUGUAUACAUGUCUCGUGUGCUAAUGUCUGAUACUGUACUGAUGGCUCUGUGAGACUUGCAAAAUGUCGAAGGGUGCUGAGGUGCAUGCCUUUGACAAAGAUAAAUAAUACUCAUCUUGAGUGUACAAA